GAAAGAGCCUUUCCAAAGACUCGAUUCGUUCGCGAACGUCACAUCUCUAAUCGCAAACGGACACAUUAUUACACAUUAACAUCAACACUGGCACUAGUUAGUGUCUGUAAACAAAAGUGGACUCCGGAGCUGACCUGUAAAACAAUAAAGUGAUGACAUUAUCAGACAGACAUCAGACUUUAUCAGAACAGAUCUGCGCAUUCUCUCUUCUCGCUAACAGUCAGCAGUAAAGCUCAGACAGCUACCCGGAAAGGAGGACUAUGUGCUCGGUGAUAAACAGGGUGAACGCCGGUCAACGCUGCCUGGCCUUCACGCUCGGCCUCCGGAGGCGCACCGAAGGCUUGAGCACCAUGACAGCCCAGAAUGGACCGGUGUCUGCGGGCGUCAGAGCCCACAAAAUGCCGCUUGGAGGAGGCAGUGCACGGUGGCACGGAACACAACCAAACCAAGCACUGCUCUUAAGACAGCUGUUUGAAUCAGACAGCAGCACCUACACUUACCUUCUGGCUGACAACGAGACCAAGGAGGCCAUCCUCAUCGACCCCGUAUUGGAGACCAUCGACAGAGACCUGAAGCUCAUCCAAGAACUGGGGCUCCAUCUACAAGUAGCAGUGAACACUCACUGCCAUGCGGACCACAUCACCAGCACGGGGCUGAUGAAGACCAGGUUAGCCGGGCUCAAGAGUGCCAUCUCCAAAUUCAGUGGCGCCUCAGCAGAUAUCCUCCUGUCUGAGGGAGACAAGAUCGCCUUUGGAAAACAUUAUCUGACUGUGAGAGAAACACCGGGCCACACCGACGGCUGUAUGACGCUGGUGACGCAGGACCGAGGCAUGGCUUUCACCGGGGACGCUUUGCUCAUCCGAGGCUGCGGCAGGACAGACUUCCAGCAAGGUUGCGCCGAAAGGCUUUACCGGUCAGUUCAUGAGAAGAUAUUCACCCUGCCGGACCAGUGCCUCAUCUACCCAGCACAUGACUACUUAGGUCAGACGGCGUCGACUGUCGGCGAGGAGCGCACGUUUAACCCUCGCCUGACCAAGAGCCUGGAGGAGUUUGUGAGCAUCAUGGACAAUUUGAAUCUCCCAAAGCCUUCCAAAAUAGAUAUUUCAGUGCCUGCUAAUCUGCUCUGCGGCGUUCAUCAAGUUUAAAUGCCCUGCACAAGAAAAAGCGAGAACAGACUAUAAUUAAUGCAUAGUAAGAUUUUUUAAAGAAAA